UCUCCAGUAAAGAACAGUCCUCCCCUGGUUGAAGACAUGGCACAGGCAGGAGCUAAUGGUUUUGCCAUCUCUGCUCUCCAUGGUCUUGAGCCUACCACACUGCUCCGUGCUCCUUUUUCCUUGGGAACUCUGCCAAGGAUCAACUUUGGAGGCUGCAGGAGUCCAGCCAGCACCGCUUUACCUGGUCACCCCUCUGGGGCAUAGCAGAGCCCUCAGACAAUGUUCCAGCCCCCAGCCACCAUGCUGGGCUAGAGCUGGUUUUGGUUGUUUGAAUUUGUUAUUCCCUCGGCUCCUGCUCUUUGAGGAGGUAAAAGUCCAGGCCAGCCCCCGGAAGUGCCCUGCCCUCCCUCCUCCCUUUGUAGUUAGGAGUCUCCCCAUGGACUGAAUGAACCUCCUGACCUCCUCCAGGUCACCAUGCAGGAAAAAGGUGGUUCCUGUGAAAAUGCUGACAAAAAGAGCCUGGGAGACAGCCGGAUGGCCGUUUGCCGGAAACGCUCCGGUCCGUGCUCUGUGCUUUCCGCAAACUGUCUCCUGCCUAGUUAAAAGGGCAGAACUGGGGUGUGCUCUCUUCUGGCAGCUCUUCAUCUUGCCAAGGAGUGCAGUCCCCACUAGAGCCCAUAGGGCACUGGAGCCUGGCAACACCACUGAUUUCAUGUGCUGCUCCAGCCCCAGUGCCAGGAAAAAGCAAGGAGGAAACUUGAGGCCAAAGAGAGGGUGAGGCAGAAACUGAGAGGAAGACAGACAGACAGAACCAACCAACGGACAAGAAAGCUGCAUACAGCUUGGUUUGGAAGCCCCUUGUGGCCAGCAGAACCCAGUAUCCAGACCGAGAUGGCGCAGCUGCUGCUGUUACUCUUCUGUCUCCAUUUCUGGCCAUGGAUUGGGAGCUCUGCUCAAGAGCUGGACCCUAAUGGGAAGAAUGUGUGCAAGGCUACCAGCCUCUCUGCAGGUCUGGUAUGCUGCCCAGGUUGGAAACAGGAAGGCAGGGAAUGCACAGCUGCGCUAUGUGAAAGGGAGGAUGCUUGCAAGGUGGAUGAAGUGUGUGUGAGACCUGGGAUCUGCCUCUGCAAACCUGGUUUCUUUGGAGCCAACUGCAACUCCCGCUGCCCUGACCAGUACUGGGGCUCGGACUGCAAGAAGAGCUGUUCAUGCCAUCCCAAUGGGAAGUGUGACCCUGUAAGCGGCCAGUGCACUUGCAAUGCCAACCGCUGGGGAGUACUCUGCGAGUUCCCAUGCCAGUGUGCACCUCAUGGCCACUGCAACCCCCAUUCUGGAGCCUGUCACUGUGAGCCAGGCUGGUGGGGACCCAACUGCAAGAAGCAGUGUCUGUGCAGGGUGACCGGCUCCCGCUGUGACCCUGUCACAGGGCACUGCGUCUGCACCCAGGGCUGGUGGGGCAGGAGAUGCAGCUUUAGAUGCACCUGCCACCUCUCACCCUGUGCCCAAGACUCAGGCAAGUGUGAGUGCAGGGCUGGGUUUUGGGGGCCAUUGUGCCAACAUCAUUGUGACUGCCUGCAUGGGAACUGCAACCCUCUUGAUGGGCAUUGCAGCUGCAACCCUGGCUAUCAGGGCAGGAGCUGUGGGGAUCCCUGUCCUGCUGGUUAUUACGGAUCUCAGUGCAGAUACAGCUGUGGGCACUGCAAGCGGAGCCAGCCCUGCUCUCCUGUGGAUGGGUUCUGCCUGGCAUGUGACUCUGGCUGGAACGGUACCCUCUGUAAGAAGCUGUGCAUGCCUGGAUACCAUGGGGAGAACUGUGCACAGAUGUGUCCCAGCUGCCGAAAAGGGGAGACCUGUCAUCCAGAGACAGGGGCUUGCUUGAACUGUGACCCUGGCAAGACAGGACCCAGCUGUGAAGCAUCCUGCCCUGCUGGAACAUUUGGAGAUGGAUGCCAGUUCACCUGUCCAGACUGUGUUAAUGGGAGCUGUGAUCCGGUUUCUGGGGAGUGUAUCUGCCAGGCUGGCUACUGGGGCACCAGCUGCAAUGAGACUUGCCCAGAGGGUUUGUUUGGAGCGAACUGUUCUUCCUUCUGCCAAUGUCCAAGGGGCCCCUGCCACCCACACUCUGGGGACUGUGUGCUCAGAUUAAAGCACCAGGGAGCCCUGAUAGCUGGCAUUCUCAUCCCAUUACUCCUCCUAUUACUCUGUGUCACCUGCUGUUGCUGUUGCUGUGGAACCAGCCAGCUGGAUGCCAGAGACAGGAUGGCUGUUGCUGAUGGUGAUGCGGUCUCCAGAAUGAAACAUCAUGUGCAGGGGGUGCUGGCAAAUCUCAGCUCCAUGUUACCUUGCUUCUCACUGAGUGGCUACAAACUCCCCCGAGUCACAGUCUCCCACCAUGACACAGAGAUUCCCUUCAAUCCCAGCUUCAUUGAACCUCCUUCUGCUGCCUGGGCCUCAGACAGCUCCUUCUCCUCCUCCUUUGACACUGACGAUGAGGACCCAGCCUACUGUGUCCCUGCCAGAGAAGAUGUUCCUGCAGUGGCAGGCUUUGAGCUUCAGGAAGGCAGCUCCAAGUGUCAUGAAUUUCCUGACGCAUCAGCAUUUAACUCCGAGGACGUCUCCCAGCCUUUCACCAUCCCCCGCACAUCCAGCAUUGCCAGAGCCAAGAGGCCCUCAGUGUCUUUUGCAGAAGGAACUAAAUUUGGCCCUCAGUGUCAAAGAGGCUCCAUGGAGACACCAAAUACCACUCGGAAGCCCAAAGCCUCCUGUGGUCUCACUAAACUUCCCUCUCGCCAGCACCUUGCUGACCCAGAGGAGGGGCCCCAGCAGGGUGGGUCGCCAGGUGACUGUUACGAAAACCCAGAGCCCAUCUCCGAGGCUGAGGCUAGCCACCGGCCCUCCCCCAGGGGUACCUCAGGAGGCCACAGGACGGCAGUGUCCAGUGGCAGACAUGUGGCCCAGAGAGUCGAGGCCCUUGAGGCAGCUUUGAAUCCAAACACUUUGGAUGUUAGGGGGAAGGAGCAGAAUCUCACAACCAUUUAUGUGACUGUGGGGACAGCAGGGAAAUCCUCCAAGCCCAAUGAGAAUGCCAAUGGAAGCAGAGAGGGGACAGUUCAGGCUGUACUGAAACGUUUGGGUAGCUUCCAGAGAGUAAAAAGGGCUGUCAGGGAGGAGCCCAUGGUGAGGAAAAGUACUGAGAGCAUCCAGAAACCUCCCCGCAGGGCCCUGAGCCCAGAAAGGGACUCCAGAGACAUGUUCCCCGAGCCAGCCCCUCCACACAAGGAGAGCUCCAAGACGACAGGUCUGGAGCCCUAUGAGUCACCUGAGCUCCUCACAGAUAGACACCAGAUAGAUGUUCCUGUGAAGAGAGAACCUCUCAUCCCCACAUCUCCUAUAUUUAAAAGACAAGUGGCUCAGGAAGGAGAAGAUGGGGUCACAGGGGACCCCAAGAACAGUGAAAGUCUUGAAGAGGCCAGAAGCCUAGAAACAAAUGAACAGGCUGUUGUUGAGGAGGAACCCAAAUAUGAAAAUGUGUCUCCAAAUUGCUAUCCUUCAGACGAGUCUCCUGCCAUCUCUCCUGACUGUGAGGCCAACACCUGAAAACCCACCCAGGACCCAAAUCCUGCCUCUUUUUCAGAACUGUGACAGUCAUCACAAUGUAGUUGUGGCCACAGGGGGCAGUGUACCUUGCAGGGCAGGCCAUGAGUUAUUGAAGAGUGCUAGUUCUGCAACAUGUCUGGUAUUAGAGGGAACCCAGAAUUUCAUCUCCCAGACAUGCCACAUGAACUAGAUUAUUGUCUAGCAUUACCAUUAAAUCUGUGUGUGUCCUGCAG